AGCGCGCGGGCCGCGGAGCUGAAUGCGGCACCAACGUCAUGCUGCAGUAUGUCGACGAUGCCUGCAACGCAGCAGCGGAGAAUAUCCACUACGUGUUGAACUACCAGGCGGAGCUCACCACGCAGGUCUUGGACGAGCACUCCCGGUGGCCUGAUGUCCAGGAACUGCCGAAGUCUCGCCAGGGCGCCCGGCCCUCAAUCCAGCUCGUGCCCGGCCCGGCUCAGGCCCACGACAUUCAGCGUCGGCCGGGUGGCCGGUGGGAGUGCGUGAGAUGCCACCGCCGGGCGCCGCUGCAAGUGCUGCGGGACGAAUGCUGCAGAGGGCACGUUGCCGCGAACCUCCCCAUUGUGUUCACGACGGCCGGCGCUGUCUCCAACGGCCAUCGACUGUGGAGGACGUCGACGUGGAUCUGGUGCCAGCGAUGCGGCCAGCACGCACAGCGCCGCCUGGCGGGCCUCCGUGGCGAGUGCCUUGGCCGCCCCGGGCAGCCGUGGCGCCUGCUGAACCUGCGCGCGGGGAGGGAGCCGAAUGCCCACGUCGCCGAUCCUCCGGUGGGGGUUCCAGCUCCCUUCACCGAGGCAGAAUGGGAAGAGUGGCAGGCGCGGCGCGGGUGAGCGGGCCGCCGCGCGGGGGCUGAGGGUGCCGACGUAGUGUAACUAUGCCGGCGUGCGGGCGGCUCUGUCACACCGUGACCUGCCGUCGCUAAUCUGCGCCGACCCUUAGUAUGUCCC